CCACAUUUGAUCUUCUUGGUUGUUCACUUGCUGUAUUCGACGCGAUCUGAUUCGAUGGGGUUUUAAUUCCCCAUAGCGCUAGUUUGACGACGUCGUUUGGUAUUGUAUUUCUUUUGCGAAAGAAUAAACUCCCAAGAAAACGCUCCCUUCCCCUUCACCAGCUGGUUAUUUCGUACCAUCCGCCGCCUGAAACCUCUCCGGUCAUCUUCUCCGUAGAUCCGGUCAUUGGAUCCCGUUCAACUCUCUAAAAGCUAAAUACUCUAUUCCUGCGCAGUAGACUAGCAGUAUUGGAAGAUCAAAAGAAGAUAUGAAUAAGGAAGAGCUGGAGAGGGGCGCUUUACAAAAUGAAAAUGAAAAACAACAACUAGAAGAAGAAGAACAGGUUGUGAAUCCAUGGGAAGUUUCGGCCAAAGAAGGAGGCAAGAUUGACUACGACAAGCUCAUCGAGAAGUUCGGCUGUCAAAGGCUCAACCAAUCGCUCAUUGACCGUGUCGAGCACCUCACCUCUCGCCGCGCCCACGUUUUCCUCCGCCGCGGCGUCUUCUUCGCCCAUCGGGACUUCAAUGACAUACUGGAUGCAUACGAGAAGAGCGAGAAGUUCUAUCUGUACACGGGUAGAGGACCCUCGUCUGAAGCUUUGCACUUAGGGCAUUUGAUACCCUUUAUGUUCACUCAAUAUUUGCAAGAGGCCUUUAAGGUUCCUCUUGUAAUACAACUUACUGAUGACGAGAAGUUCCUGUGGAAAAAUCUGACGGUGGAGGAGAGCAGGAGACUCGCCAGGGAAAAUGCCAAGGACAUCAUUGCUUGUGGUUUUGACAUCAGAAGAACCUUCAUCUUCUCUGAUUUUGAUUAUGUUGGAGGUGCAUUCUACAGGAACAUGAUUGAAAUUUCAAAGCGCGUGACAUGUAAUCAGAUUGUGGGUAUAUUUGGUUUCGUUGGUGAAGAUCAUAUCGGAAAAUAUAGUUUUCCACCUGUACAGGCAGCUCCCUCAUUUCCAAGUUCAUUUCCACACUUAUUUUCGGGCAAAGAUAAUCUCCGUUGCUUAAUUCCUUGUGCAAUUGACCAGGAUCCUUAUUUUAGAAUGACACGAGAUGUUGCUCCUCGAAUCGGACAUCACAAGCCUGCAUUGAUUGAAUCAUUAUUUUUCCCUGCCCUGCAGGGGGAGACAGGAAAAAUGUCGGCUAGUGAUCCAAACUCUGCAAUAUAUGUGACUGAUUCUGAGAAAGACAUUAAGAACAAGAUAAACAGAUAUGCAUUCUCUGGUGGUCAAGAUUCAAUAGAGAAACACCGCCAACUUGGAGCAAAUCUUGAGGUUGAUAUACCGAUUAAAUACCUAGGUUUUUUCCUAGAGGAUGAUGCCGAGCUUGAACACAUAAAGAAGGAGUAUGGUGCGGGGCGCAUGCUGACAGGUGAGGUGAAGCAGCGGCUCAUAGAAGUUUUGACAAAACUGGUGGAAAGACAUCGUAGGGCUCGUGCUGCUGUGACUGAUGAAAUGGUGGAUGCAUUUAUGGCAGUGAGACCCCUUCCCAACAUGUUCAACUAAUAUUAAGAUGUAGAACGGCCAUGCUGAUCCCUCCAAGCUUUUGUUCCAGAAAUUUAUUAUUAUUAUUAUUUUCAGGAGAUCAGUCAUUUUUCAACUUAAAUUUUCAUUCUUUACAAAACCAUCAGGCUUUAGGGAAUCCAACCCAUCUAUUAUUGGUGAUAUUUGUUAAGUGCCUUAGCUCUUACCCAAUGGAAAUUUGUGACAGAGAGGAUUACAGUUUAA